AUGCAGAAAGAUGAGCUGGCCAAGCAAAUCAGCGGACUGAGGGAUGAGCUAAUGGCGUCCAUUGACCAGGCUAACAACAGAGUUGGCAUGCUAGAUGAGCGCACAGCUAGCCUGGAGGAGGCCGUGAAUACGCAUUCCAAUAAGAUGGAUGAUCUGGAGCAACAAGUUGUUGGAUUGAAGAAAGAGGUGGAGGGCUUAUCGGCGAAAACGGAGGACCUAGAAGCAAGAUCCUGGAGAUGCAAUUUGCGCAUUUUCGGGCUUAAAGAAGGCCGGGAAACGGGAGCAAGAGUUAGUACUUAUGUGGCGGAACUUUUGCAAUACGUGUUCAAAUUGGAUACUACACCUGUCAUAGACCGGGCACACCGCACGCUACAGCAAACCCCAGACAAGGGCCAUCCACCAAGGGUUUUUGUCGUAAAGUGCCACUACUACCAAGAGACGGGGAUACUGUCAGAGUGUUUCCGGAUUACACCUACAACGUAG